CUCAGCUCCCCUCAAACCAGCAAAGCCGUGACGACAAAGUGCUUUUCCUGAUGUUCGUCAGGAAUCGAAACCAUGCACAUGCGUCGAUGUGUUGGGCUGCUGAGUUGCUGCUAUGGAGAAGAUUCAGAAAAGCCGAACAACGGACUGCAACGAGCUACAAGCUCCGCCUAAGCAGCAGCGCUUGACAAUCUGUCUGAUAAGUGCGGCAGUUUUUGGGGCUCUGGGGUCCUCCUUCGUAUAUGGCUACAACCUGUCUGUGGUCAACGCCCCUGCAAAGCAUAUAAAGGCGUUCUACAAUGUGACGUGGCUGGGUCGUUAUAAGGAACCUGCAAAAACAGAGACCCUCACUCUGCUCUGGUCCAUCACCGUUUCGAUAUUUGCCAUUGGUGGCCUGGUGGGGGCGUUCAUCACCUCUUUCCUUAUCAAAGUGCUAGGAAGAAAAGGCACUCUUCUGGCAAAUAACAGCCUGGCAAUCAUUUCUGCUCUCCUACUGGCUCUCGGGGAGAAGGCGGGGUCAUUUGAGAUGCUCAUUAUUGGUCGAUUCAUCAUCGGCGUGGAUUCAGGAGUGUCACUCAGUGUUCUGCCGAUGUAUUUGGGUGAGAUCUCUCCCUGUGAAAUGCGGGGUUCCAUUGGCCAGUUCAAUUCAGUCUUCAUCUGUCUAGGAGUCUUUUUCGGACAGCUGUUUGGCCUGCCGGAGAUAUUUGGACAUGAGGACAGAUGGACUUUCCUGUUUGGCUUCUUAGCAGUUCCAGCCAUUCUGCAGCUGUGUGUUUUGCCAUUUCUGCCAGAGAGCCCACGAUUCCUGCUCAUAGAGCGCAGAGAUGAGGCUCGAGCUGAAAAAGCUUUUCAGGCCUUCCUAGGAAAGAAGGAUGUCUCUGCUGAUCUGGAGGAAGUUCACGCCGAGAGUCGAGCACAGAACACUCUGCAGGUAGCCACACCUCUGGAGCUCUUUCAGAACAGAGCUGUCCGCUGGCAAAUCAUCACUAUCGUUGUCGUCAUGGCCUGCUACCAGCUGUGUGGGCUCAACGCGAUCUGGUACUACACCAAUGGAAUCUUUGAGGAAGCGGGUUUUCACAAGAGCACAAUUCCCUACAUCACCCUCAGCACUGGAGGAAUCGAGACGGUAGCUGCAGUCAUAUCGGGUCUGGUGAUUGAGCGAGUUGGACGGAAGCCAUUGUUGAUUUUCGGUUUCUGUGCAAUGGCCGUGUGUUUCACUCUCCUCACCAUCUUUUUGAAUUUCCAGGACACUUGUUCAUGGAUGCCAUACCUGAGUUUCAUCUCCAUAUUGGCUGUGAUUGCAUCAUUCUGCUCAGGGCCAGGUGGGAUUCCCUUCAUACUGACUGGGGAGCUGUUUGAACAGUCAUAUCGUCCUGCCGCAUUUAUGGUUGCCGGAGGUGUUAACUGGCUCGCAAACUUCGCUGUGGGCCUCUUCUUUCCUUUCAUACAGGAGUUCCUGCAGACUUACGCCUUCUUGGUCUUCGAUGCAGUGUGUGUCUUCGGAGCAGUCUAUCUCUACAUUGUCCUCCCAGAGACCAAAAACAAGACAUUUGUGGAGAUCAGUCAGAGUUUUGCAAAGAUGAAUAAAGUCUCCCAGGAGCCUGACAGAGAGAUGGAGGAGGAGCUAUCUGUUAAACCAGGAAAGUGUAACACUGGACCGGACUGUACUGCUGUUGAAAAUGACCGCAAAGAUUGUAACAGCAUUGCCAAAGAUGGAGUAGUAGAGAUGGAAAGCUCCUUCUGAUCCAUCUCAAGUGUUGUCUCAGUUGUCAGUUUCUGUAAGAUGUGUAUUUUUGCUCAGAUUACAACGUCACUUAGUAGUAAUGAGUUCAUGAUUUUUUUCAGUGAGAAAAUGAAGCACAUUAGAGAUUCAGAGAAUUACUGUGACAUUGGCAGCUACUUAGAGAUCAGAACAACCAAGCCAAAAAGAGUCUAGAACCCUUUACUCCUCUCCAAGAACCUGAAUUUGCAUCUAUGAUCUCACACUCAAUAUCUUCCUCCUGCUUACUAGAUUCACUGCCCACACAACUUCUUAAGGAAAUCCUACCUGGAGUGAUUGAACCUUUACUAAAUGUAAUAAACUCCUCCUUGAACAUAGGCUACGUACCUAAAUCUUUCAGAUUAGCAGUAAUACAUCCAACCACUUAUCAAAAAAUCUAACCUUGACCCAUGUUAGCUGUCAAACUACAGGCCAAUCUCAAACCUUCAUUUAUU